UGCGGUAUCUCAAUUGAAGUCCAGCCCGUUGGCGACGACCUGCAGCUCUCUCGUCCGCUCAACCCGUCAUCGUGCGACAUUUGACGCGCCACGAGACCCAGACUCCCAAAAGUCUUUCCGUUCUUUCCGCCUCGCUUUCCAUGUCUUCCUCGUCUUGAUAGCAGCUCUCAGUCGACCACAUCACACGCGCUGCACGCGAUCGUCUCCCCUUCUCAGCGAGCCAUCACUGAACGAUCAUCAUGUCGUUCGGCGGCUUCGGUAGCGGUGGCGGCUUCGGCAGCAACACCAACACUACUUCUGGUGGCUUCGGCGGCUUCGGCGGCAACACUACAAAUAAUACAACAUCCGGGUUUGGAGCCAACAACUCUGGCGGCUUUGGUACGUCCGGCACUACUGGCGGAGGUCUCUUCGGCGGAGGUGGUACCGGCACCACCUCUGGCUUCGGCUCCAACACGGGCGCCUUUGGUUCUACUGCCAGCUCCGGGUUUGGUGCCAAGCCUGCGUUUGGUAGCACCCCAGCGACAUCAGCCGGCGGCGGUCUCUUCGGCUCGUCCACGACAGCGACAACCGGCGGUGGCUUCGGCGGCUUCGGCUCCAACAACGCGACCAACACCACAUCUUCCUUCGGAGGAGGCACAAGCGGCGGUCUCUUCGGUGGUAGCAGCGCGGCGAAACCCGCCUUCGGUGCUACAACGGGAACAACUGGUGGUGGCCUCUUCGGUAGUGGCACCGGAACAAGCACGACAGGAGGGUUCGGCGGUUUUGGCAGCACCAACAAUGCCCCUGCUAGCACUGCUCUAGGUGCCGUCGGAGACCCUCCUGGCACUGCAGCCAUCACGAACUUCCAGCCGUUCGUCGAGAAGGAUUCAGCGACCAGCAGUGCACAGAAUUCAUUCCAAAACAUCCUAUUUGUGGACCCCUACAAGAAGUGGUCUGCAGAAGAACUGCGCCUCGUCGAUUACGCUCAAAACCGCCGCUACGGCGGUACUGGUGGCGGCGGUGCUUUUGGCAGCACCACAUUCGGUGGUGGUUUCGGCGCCACGGCCCAACAACCCGCGGCCACCAGCGGCUUCGGCACGACCAACACCACCUCAACUGGAGGUGGUCUGUUCGGCAGCACUCCUGCAGCCAGCAGUGGAGGGCUCUUUGGCCAGUCCAACACCGGCACAACAGGCACAACUGGAGGUUUUGGUGCCUCAUCCGGCACUGGUGGAUUGUUUGGCAGCAAGCCGGCUGCAACGACUGGUGGUUUGUUUGGUGGCGGCACCACUGCCACACAAAGCCAACCGUCUGGCGGCCUCUUUGGCUCCAAUCCUGGCACGUCAUUUGGCAGCACCAACACCGCGACUGGUGGCUUUGGAGCCACGAACACCACUGGAGGUGGCCUUUUCGGCGGCGGUGCGACACAGCAGCCCAAGCCCGGUGGUCUCUUCGGCGCAUCGACCACUACUCCAGCCACUGGAGGGUUUGGCAGCGGUGGCUUUGGAACGACCACUACUGGCGCCGCAAACACUGGCGGUGGUCUCUUCGGCGCACAAAACAAUGCAGCCACGGGCCAGACAGGUGGUGGCUUGUUCGGCAGUGCUCAGAACAACCAGCAGCAGAGCGCAGGCACUGGAUUCGGCGGCUUCGGCGCCCAGCCACAGCAGCAAUCCGGUGGCCUUUUCGGCAGCAGCACGCCUCAGGCAAAGCCUGGAGGUCUCUUUGGCUCCGGCACAGCGACUACUGGCACUACUGGCGGAGGUCUCUUCGGUGGCGGUGCCAGUACCACAACGACCGGAGGUUUCGGGCAGCCCGCCCAAGGCCAGAGUGGUGGUCUCUUUGGCAACAAGCCUGCCACUGGUGGCGGCCUAUUUGGCUCGUCCACUACGACCAACAACACUGGCGGUGGUCUCUUCGGUGGCAUGAACCAAACCACCCAGAACCAGGGCCAAUCAGGCGGUCUCUUCGGCAACCAGAACAAGCCCGCUACUGGCGGUGGUCUCUUUGGGAACAGCACACCUGCUACUGGUGGGGGCCUUUUCGGCGCAAGCACAAACAACCAACAGUCUGGUGGACUCUUUGGCAAUUCGACGAACCAGCAGCAGCAGUCCAACUCCCUCUUCGGCGGCUCCAUGGGAAACCAGUCCACGCCCACUGCUUUGACCGCUAGUGUGAACGACCCCUCUGCUUACGGAACUUCGCUGUUCGGCAACAUCGGCAACAACGAAGUCACCAACCCCGGCCCCUUGGCGACUCCAAUUGGCAAGAGGCAGGCAAAACGUCCAUCAAUCCUGCCUAUGUACAAGCUGAACCCCUCCUCUGCUUCACGUUACGCGACGCCCCAGCGCAAGGGCAAUGGCUUUGGAUUUUCGUACAGCACCUACGGAACCCCAGGAAGCCCUUCCAGUGUCGCUAGCACCCCCGGUGCUAUGUCUCAGAGCCUCCUUGGCGGCGGAAGUCUGACUCGUAGCCUUGCUAAGAGCAUCUCGAGUAACAGUCUCCGUCGCAGCUUCAACGUCGAAGAUACUUUGCUGGCACCGGGUGCAUUCUCCGCAAGCUCCGGCUCUCGCCUUUAUGGGAGCAACAGUGUGAAGAAGCUUGUCAUCAACCGUGAGCUGCGCUCCGACCUCUUCUCCACGCCGACCAAGGACAAACCGCUGCAGGAGACCCCCAACGGGUCGAGAAAACUGAACAAGCGCGUCAGCUUCGAGUCCAACACCAUUGAGGCUAUCGAGAACGGAGAGGAGGCUGCCACUCCCCAAGCAAGCAAUGGCACAAACGGAGUCUCUCCGAUCAGCUCAUCCCAGCCCGAGACCGAGCAGGUAAAGGGCAAUGAACUGGCUAUCGUCGAGGAGGAGCCUCAGUCACCAGCGGUCAACGCUUCUAUCGAGACCGGUGAUGGCGAGCCUGGUCAGUACUGGAUGAGCCCGAGCAAGGAGGAGAUCCAGAACAUGAACCGCGUCCAGCGCCAGCGGGUCGCCAACUUUACCGUCGGCCGAGACAAUGUUGGCUAUGUCAAGUUCAAGGUUCCCGUCGAUCUGACAUCCAUCAAUCUCGAUGAGCUUUUUGAUAACAUUGUGAUCCUCGUGCCGCGAACAGCGACGGUCUACCCGAACCCUGCGAAGAAGCCUCCGGUCGGUAAGGGAUUGAAUGUCCCUUCGCUCAUCAGCCUCGAGAAUGCCUAUCCACGAAAGUCACGUGGCAAGACGACGUCCGUCAAGAAGCAUAUCGAACGUCUCAAGAGGAUCGAGAACACAACUUUCGAGAGCUACGUGGAAGAGACCGGCCAAUGGACCUUUUCGGUUGAGCAUUUCACUACAUACGGUCUUGAUGACAGCGAUGAGGAAGACGAGACCACUGAGCAGGAGCCUGUCGCAGCACCCCCUCGGGCGAGCCAAUGGAAUUCUUUCGCUGCGUCAUCAGAUGCUGGCUCGGCAGAAGACGAAGAGCUGUACGAGUUUCGACGCAGCCAAAGCCAGAUCCCUGGCGCUUUUGAUUCCAAUCUGGCAUAUGAGAGUGACGAGCAAGAAGAGAUGGCUGAGCGCAAGCAGAGCAAGCCGUCUUUUUUAGCUGAGCGCUCCGUGGGUUCGGCGUCCAAGGCCCUUGUCCUUCGUGACGAGGAGGACGUCGAAUAUGCGACGUUCGAGGCAUCUGAAGAUGCGAGUGCUUCCCUCGAACAGCAUCAAGCCAUGGAGCAAGAUGACUCGUUUGCUGCUGAGGUCCAAGACAUGGUCCAGGAAACCCCGGCUGGCAUCAUGAGAGCAAGAAUGCGUGCCAUCAGGGAUACGUCGACGCCCGUGAAGAUCCAGGUUGCUGCCGGAGACGACUGGCAGGACAUGCUCACCAAGUCUGUCAGCCCCCAAAAGCGCGACAGAGCCCUUCUCAAGAGCAUCCACGAGAACGACAGAUAUCGCGCCGUCGCCGAGAGCAGCAAGACCGACCUUUUCCACAAAAAAAGAGUCGUUUCAGAUGGACGUGGCUUCGCUACUAGCAUCGAUCUGAUGAACUCACUCUUCGACAAGGCCAAGGCGCCUGUCCAGGCCCCCCAGGCGCCGCAUCGGCCACAGGGUGUUAAGUGGCCCUACAAGCGUGUUACGAAGACCAUGACCAAGAGUGACAUGAACGCCUCCGAGCGACAAUGGCGCGAUACCAUGCGGCCUAACUGGGGUCCCAGUGGGGCACUGGUUUUUGCUGCCACCCCGGAUCACUCUGCGUUCAAGCGUUCAGGGAGGAUAACAGAAAAGAAUGGCUUGAUGACAGUGACCAAGAACGGCAUCGUCACUGAGUCUCAAGAUAUCCGGAUAGCGAAGUUCACGAACGAGAUGUCGGCUAGGUCGUUAGCCUUGCACCAGAGGCUCAGCAAGGUUGUUCUUGUAGAUGGCAUCCCUUCUGUGCACCUCGACCGGGCCACGAAGUUGAAGGAUUUCGCUGUCGGCGGAGAUGGAGGCAAGAACACCGCUGCCGAUCACGAACGCCUUGUCUGGGAACUGGCGAGUGUCCUCUUUGAUGCAGCCAAGAUCCCCGCUGAUCUUCACAAUCACCCGGCGGCCGCUGAGAUUCUCCGACGCGACGAGCUCUCCCGCUUCUGGGAAGGCAUGGUUGAGUCCCAGACCAGCAAAGCCGUUGCCAUGGCUGCUUCGAGUGAAGAAAAGGCUCUGGCCGCACUUUCGGGCCACAAAAAAGCCGAGGCUUGCAAGCACUUGUUGGAGGGCAAGAACUUCCGCCUGGCCACCCUCGUUGCGCUGAUUGGAACUAGCGACGAUGUGAAGCGCGACAUGCGGGACCAGAUACGCGAGUGGCAAGACGCGCACGUCCUCGUUGAGUUCUCGCAACCCAUCCGGGCACUGUACGAGAUGCUGAGCGGGAACGUUUGUGCAUGCGAAGGUGUCAAAGGCGCAGUUGAAAACCGGUCCGAGCCUUUUGUCAUCUCCCGCCGCUUCGGUCUGAAUUGGCAGCAAGCAUUUGGCCUGAGACUCUGGUACGCAAUUUCGUCAAAUGGACUUAUUGCAGACGCGGUCAAGAGAUUCAGAGACGACAUUGCACAAGAGAAAGAAGAUGCCCCCGUCAGCUGGUAUCUCGAGAGCGGCAUAGCAGGCAUCUGGAACGACCCAGAUGUCAAGAGCCGCCAGGAUCUUCUGUGGGGUCUGUUGCAACUCUACUCUGACGAAAGGUGCGAUCUCGAGGCCGUCCUUCAGCCUGAGAACUCUCAACUUUCGCCACUCGAUUACCGCCUAAGCUGGCAGCUUGGCCAGGCUCUUGUCAGCUCUGGUCAGGUCUCCUUCGGCGCAGAUGCAGACGAGAAGGCAGAUGCGAUGACCAUUGCCUUCGCCUCCCAAUUGACAAAUGAGGGCCACUGGCUCGAGGCGACAUUCGUGCUGCUGCACCUGAGUGAUCCCCUGGCGCGAAGCAGAGCUGUCCAGGAACAACUUUGCCGCCACGCCGGACACAUCGGCGGCGAGGACUCGAGCAGUUUUAAGAAGCUCGUCGAGGACUACAAGAUUCCCACACAAUGGGUCUGGCACGCCAAGGCGCUGUUCAUGAGGAGCGUCAAGAAAGACCCGACAGGCGAGGUUCAAUGCCUGCUACGCGCCGAGUCCUUUGCCGACGCUCACCGCACAUUUGUGAAGGAGGUGGCUCCUGUGACGAUCAUCCAGCGCGACUACGAUGCGCUUGCAGACGUGCUGCGGCAAUUUGAAGGCAGGCAUGCGCGCGUUCCCGAGUGGAACAUAGGCGGCGAGGUGUACAAGCUGUUCCUCGAGCUCAUGGGCUACCAGCGACGCCACGAGCAGCCUCCUUCAGAGCUUGUCAGUGCGCUCCUGGAAGGACUGCCAGCGAUGCAUGGCAAUAGCCCUGAGGCGGGCAUCACCGAGUAUGCCGCUCUAACCGACAUGGCUGCUGAGGUUGCCAAGGUUGUGGCGGGCAUGGCCAAGAUUGGCCAGGUAAGUCUUAUCUCUCCUCAUGAACGCUUCCCGUCAUGCGGUGUGUGCUUUGAAGUAGCGAAGUUACUGACCCGAGUCUUCUCAUAUACAGAUGGAGCACGAGAGAAUUCUCCACCUCCCGCUUACCGAGGAUGUCUUGCUGCGACACUCGCGAGACCUGGCGUGGUCGCACUACACGAGCAUCAUGGCUGGACAUUGAGAGCCAUUCAGAUGGGCGCUAGGGAAAUAUAGGGAAUGCUGUAGGAUCUUGAGCGAAGGCGAACGUGAUCCCCACGUAGAAAGACGACGAAGAAUUGGAGAAGAAAUACGCAAAAAACUUUUGGUGGGGGCAACAAAGGACCCGAAAUGCACGCGACAGAGUCCCUAUCUC